CUCCCUUUGCCAACCCAACGCCGAUCCGGCCUAACGAAGCCACCGACCAGAGAAAUAAGCAAUUAGCAUCAUCAGUGCUUUACCCACUGAAUUGCUAAAAAGGGGGGCAACCAAGAAAAAAAAAACUCAUCUACCAUGUUAGGGCAAGACCAUAAUAUGAGGAUGAGAUCUCUCGAUCCCUCUCCUCAAGUUUAUGCCCACUCAAGAUCAAGAACAUCCUCCUCCAACGUAUUCCCGCAAGCAUUCACGCCAAUGCAACACCUUCAACAACCGCAGCCCUCGAUGGGCCACACCCGACGAUCGCCCUCCGUCAACACCUUCAGCACCACAUCUAGCAAUCCCCCGCCCGCCGCAUACCGAAAUUCCCCUACUGCCGAGGUUCGGCGUAGUACCUCGUCUAGGUCGGGAGGUGGCGCUCCUACAAGCUACGUUGCCUUACUCCGAAAACAGAAGGCUACCGUAUGGUGCGAUCGAUCGCAAUCCGAAGACCCGCGAAUCCAAGCCCAGCAGCGUGCAGCGAAGCAAAGAGCUAAUCAAGAAGUCAGCGGCGGCACGAUACAAGGCCGCACCUCAACAGGCCUAGGCAGCACCGGCGGGAAGGUAGCCGCCAAGAUUCGCCAUCAUGGAAAGCCAGGCGUUGUGGGGUAUGCGCCCGAUAGCAAUUAUAUGGGUGUGACCGGAGUGCCGAUGCGUCUGAGCGCCACUGAAGUUGAAGGCGAAGAUGACGACGAAGAUGACCUGUCGAUGCGGCGCCUGAAUCACCGUAGAACGGGCAGCAGCGGGCGCAGUAGUACCGCCAGCAGCAGAAGAGGCCUCGCGUAUCGCACCUCUGGUGCUUCCCAAGGAGGCAAGAGGUGGAGCCCUGGCGACACUCCAGAGCGGGCGGGGAGCAUGGUUAUCGAGGAUGCGGAAUAUACGCCAGGGGACGACAAGCUCGAGCUGGAGCGUACUCAGAGCACGCGCAGCGGUAGCAGUGCCGAAAAGGCUGACGCUCUCCCUGAGUUAAACAGCACUAGCGCCGCUAAACUUGCGAGCAACAGUUUGCUGAACGCCGCACUCACUAGGGAAAAGAGUGUCAAGAAUCCCGAGGACCUCCGAAGACGUGGCAGCGUAGAUGAGCGCACCAUGACUCUCACGACUGGGCGGUUAUACAUCGCCAACCCCGAUUAACGGGCUUGCAUAUCCGGGGAUUGCGUUCUUGCGUAUUCCAUAUUACUAUUUCAUUUUCUAGGCUUGAGGUCGAAAAAUACGCAGCGGGUGUUUUUUCGAUGGGAUAUUAUUUGCAUUGCAACGGCGUCUUAUUGGUCCUUUUGUCGGGGAGUAGGACAGGACAUCGUGAGGGCAUAUCGAAAGAUUUAAGGGGUAAUGGACCAGUCCAUCAUACAGGCUCCAUGGUUUUAAUCGGCUGUGCUUUUUCCUGGUCGUUUAUUGUGUCUUCAAAGCAUAUACCCUCGCUACCGCUUUGAAUUUUGCGUUGUUCGUUUGCGUGUUCGACCGGCCGGGCUCGUUGAGCGAGACGGCAGGGGUUUCAACAAAAGUUGGUGGAAGCGUUGUUUGCCCCUCUUCGUGGCCCCUGAGCCAAAGAGUUAAUAUGGAUGCUAUCAAGCAGCAGGAGAGGUUAGGAGAGAAUGACGUUGAUCUUGUAUUAGUGUCAUCGUCAAAGGACUUAUUAUUUGCCCUACCGCCAUGAGCAAAGAGGGGAUUAGAAGGAGGAGAGGAGAGUAAACGUUGGAGACAUCAAAUAUGAAUACCAAAGUCCGCUUGCGGCACUAAAUGUUCGAAUCACAUCUGUCUUGAACGCUUCCUGUGAAGUAAGCACGUGCGAUAUCCAUCGUAUUUUCUCUGUAAGGUACUAUGAGAAAGAUGAUUGGUGGCGGAUUGGUGGUGCUUAUUAGAUUCGUAAAUAGGUAGGUAGUC